AUAAAAGUAUGCGAAAAACCCUGUAAAUUUUCCAAAAGAUUCAUAACCCCAUCAAAUUCUAGCUUAUCCCUAUAAUGGACUUCGCUCAGCCUGCAGUUGAAAAUUAUGCCAACCCCAGGACGUGUUUCUUUCAUGUUCUCUUCAAGGCUGCGGCAUUGGCCUUUUACAUCCUUUCUGCUCUCUUUCUCAACAGCUUUGUGAUCAUUUUUGUGGUGACUGUUCUUCUUUCUGCUCUUGACUUUUGGGUGGUUAAGAAUGUUAGUGGACGUAUAUUGGUCGGUUUGAGGUGGUGGAAUGAAAUUAAUGAUCUCGGGGAGAGCGUAUGGAGAUUUGAAUGUCUUGACCAAGAGUCAUUGGCCCGGAUGAACAAGAAAGAUUCAUGGCUAUUUUGGUGGACCCUUUACCUUUCGGCUGUUGCCUGGAUUGUGCUUGGAAUAUUCUCCCUCAUAAGGUUUCAAGCUGAUUAUCUCCUCGUUGUUGGAGUUUGUUUGACUCUCAACAUUGCCAAUAUCGUGGGCUUCACCAAAUGCCGCAAAGAUGCCAAGAAGCAGAUUCAACAGUUCGCCACCCAGACCAUUGCUUCGAGAUUUUCUUCCACCAUACAAUCGGCAUUUAGUGUUGUCUGAAACAGUCGAUAGUAAUAUACGAGAACGAAAUGGAAGAAAAUGUAGUGAAGUUAACAAGUGUGGCAUGUAGAAAACUGAGUAUUGAAUUUGCCAUUUUUGAUUGGUUUCAUUUUUCAAAUGGUACAUCUAAUGCUUUGUAUAAUGAAUCACAUUGAAAGUUUGUAAUGACAAUGUUCCUUCACUUGCAAGA